AUGCCCACAUCGUAUUGGCCCGAACCGGGCAAAUUGGAAGCUCUCUCGUCGUCCUCCCCGUCAUCAGUCCAAUUCCUCAGAGCAAUUUCUCGUCUACUCGGCUGGAUAUACACCCUGUCCUGGUCCGCGUCUUUCUACCCUCAACCCCUCCUCAACAUCCGCCGGCACUCUACCUAUGGCACUACUCCCGCCUUUCCCACCCUCAAUGUCCUGGGCUUCUUCUGUUACACCACUUCCACCGUCUGUUUCUACUACUCGCCCCUAAUCCAAUCCCAGUACCGCACCCGCAACAACGGAGAAGAGAACACAGUCAGGGCCAACGAUGUAGCGUUUGCAGUGCAUGCACUAGCAUUGUGUAUACUGACGUUGAGUCAAUUUUGGCAUUCUUUGUGGGGGUUCGAAAGGAGGAAGGUGAGGCCUGGGAUGGGCGUGUGGGGGAUCGUCGUGGGUUGUAUUGUUGGUAUUGGAUGGGUGAUUGGGAUGGUAAUGGGAAAGGGACUCGACAGUGGCAGGGAUCCGAAAUCAUGGGCUUGGAUUGAUGUUGUCUAUGCAUUUGGUUAUGUCAAGCUGGUCGUCACGGUAUUGAAGUACAUUCCCCAGGCCCGGGCAAAUUAUCAACGGAAAUCUACCGUCGGCUGGAGCAUCAAUCAAAUCCUGCUGGAUGUCAUUGGCGGUGUUCUGUCAAUUGCACAACUCGUGAUCGACUCAAGUCUGCAAAGCGAUUGGUCUGGACUAACAGGCAAUCCAGUCAAGCUGGGAUUAGGCAACGUUUCCAUCAUUUUCGACAUUGUGUUCAUGGUGCAGCAUUAUAUACUUUACAAAGGAAAUGAGGUCGAGGAAGAUGGGAUGGACUGGGAAAGACGAGGCCUAAUCGCGAACGAGGCUGCUGCGUGA